CUCUUCUUCCUGUAACUCUCCAUGGCUUCCAUCUUCAAAGACCCUAAACUUUUCCUCCCCAAAUCCCUCUUCUUCUCUACAUUUUGCACUCAGAAGCCGCCGUUUCCGUCUUUCAAGGCAGCCAAAUCCGCCAUCGUCUCCGAAUCGGACCCGGAAAAGCUCGCGGAGAUAUUCAAGCAAUGUUCCCAGUUCCCCAAGUUCCUCCGCCACCGUCCCAUUUACGACUACUCAAUCCGCAAGCUCGCUCGUGCUGGCCGCUUGGACCUCGUCGACCAAGUCCUUCAGACCCAAAAGACCCAACAGGUAGACACUCCGGUGCUCAAGUCUGAAGGCUUUUGGAUUCGGCUCAUGAUGCUUUAUUCGAAUGCUGGAUUGGCGGACAAAGCACUGGAAACCUUCGAGGAAUUGUGCCAGAAGAAGUACUGUAACGUGACUGAGAAAUCCCUUUGUGCAGUUCUCUCUGUUUAUUUGGAUAACGGGUCGCUUGAUAAGGUCAAUGAGUGUUUUGAAGAAAUGCCCAAAAAGCUUGGGGUUAACCCGGGCAUCGUCUCGCAUAAUCUUGUUCUGAAAUCUUUAGUUAAGCAAAAGAGGAUCGAAUCUGCACGCAAUUGGAUUGAAAAGAUGGAGAAAGAUGGUAAGGUUGUGCCCAAUAUUGAUUCUUACAAUAUAAUCUUAGGUGCUUAUCUGAAAAUUUAUAACAUGAAAGCAUUUGAUGAGAUUAUGAGGGAGGUUGUGAAGAAGGGGAUUGAGUGCAACUUCAUUACUUACAAUCAUAGGAUUACCAGGUUGUGCUGGAGUAAGAAGGGUACUGGAGCAAGGAAGCUGUUGGAAGAAAUGGUGGAGAAAGGGCUGAAGCCGAAUUCAGUUAGCUAUAAUUCAGUGAUUGAUUGUUUUUGCAGGGUAGGUGAUUUUGAAUCGGCAAAAAAGUUACUAGAGAAAAUGUUGGCUGAUGGUUAUGUUUUGCCAUGUUCGUUCACUUACUAUACCAUGAUUAGGAGCAUGGUGAAGGAAGGAGAGUUUGAGCAGGCAUUGGAGAUUUGUAAGGAAAUUAUAAAGAGGAGGUGGAUUCCUCCAUUUGAGGCAGUGGAGGGUCUGGUUAAGGGGCUGGCGGAAAUGUCUAAGGUGGAGGAGGCGAAAGACGUGGUUGAGAAGAUGAAGAAGAGACUCAAGGGUGAAGCUCUUGACUCUUGGGGGAAAAUUGAAGCAACUUUGCCUCUUUAGAGUGAUGCUAUUUUUUCUCACUCAAAAAGAAUAAAUUGAAUUCAGUAUGGUGAAAUGACUGGUAACUUAGAAUUGUUUUUCAUAUCCUAUUUUCUUGUAUUACAUCUUUUCAGAUGAUUUUGGGACUUCUGAGUUUACUUUCCUUAGAAAUUGAGGCAGCAAAGUUAAGUGCAAAAAAAACUUGAUAUGAGUUUUGUUGAAUCGUAACCACAAAUAUUGCUCCAACUGCAAAUUCAAGUUAGAAAAUGUUGGUUUCUUGGGAGGAAUACUUUGACUAUACAUUCUUUCCCCAGAGAAAUCAUGGGUUUUGGGCUGUAUAUAGUUUCAACUUGUGUUACUUAUCAAACUGCAUUGUAGUGCCUGAAAUUGUUUAUUGCUUUUUCCCUGCUUCAUUUGAGAAAUGAGUAAAUUCUACUUUUGAUC